AUGGCGAAGAGGGUAAGUAGGGGUAGCAUUCGAGGUGUAUGGGCUCGUCCAAGCGACUUUACUCAAAAACGGGCAAACAGUUACGGGCUAACAGGCUGGUGCAGAAACACCAUCAACGGAUCUGUUGAAGGCGAAGCCCAAGGAGAGGAUGAGUCGCUCAGCAAACUAAUGAAAGACAUCUCUUCUGGUCCAAGCCACGCACGGGUAGACGGAGUUGACAAGACCGAUAUCGAACUUAAGCAAGGCGAGACAAAAUUUUUGGUCGUCCGAUAA